AUGUCACUCUACGCCGACAGCCCAUUGGUGAGCACACGAGAUGAUAUCCGUCUUUUCAAGAUUCGACAGUCCUCUGGCGAGAGACUUGACUGUACUGUCCAGAACUUUGGCCUCGAUGUCGCUCCUAGCUAUCGAGCGCUGUCGUACGCCUGUGGUUCGAAAGACACGCCGCAUGUUGUUCACAUUAACACCAGACCACUGCACGUACGCAGGAACCUCUUCAAGUUCUUACUGAAGCUCAGAUGCGUCCAUGCUGACGAAUGGCUUUGGUGUGACGCCAUCUGUAUCAAUCUGGAUGAUAAGCAGGAGCGCAAUCACCAGGUUCGACUUAUGAAUGAGAUCUAUCGGCGAGCAUUCUCUGUUGAGGCCUGGGUAGGAGUCGAAUCUCAUAACAGCAACGCGACUCUGCAGUCUGUACGUUCGCUGGCUGGCCUUGCAGCACAAAAUGAAGCUGUACGGGGUGGUCUGGCAGACACUUUGAAACCCACAGUCUGGAAAGGUCUGGCCGACCUCUCACGACGCACCUAUUGGACACGAAUAUGGAUCGUCCAAGAGCUCACCGUUGCUGUUGACGCUGUGGUACACUGCGGAGCCGACAGCGUUCCGCUAUCAAUGCUAGCUGCUGCUUGCAAAUUUCCCCCAGAUCAACUGACAAUAUGGGCUUCGAAACUCUGGCAGCUGCCAGCUUCAACCAAUCGCCGGACGGCCGAAGCGCGGCGGUUGGCAGGGCGACAGCUUCAUCAUAGUACCAUGUACAGCCUUUUCCGUGCUCAGCGACGCUGGCCAGGCCACAUUGACUCUUUUGCAGUCCUUUCCACACGGUAUAUUGAUUCACAGUGCGAAGACGAUCGAGACAGGGUUUUUGCCCUGCUUGGGAUUGCAAAGGAGGUUGUGCUGAACUACGGUUUCACAGCAGACUAUGAGAAAGACAUGGAAGAGACCUUCUUCGCGCUGGUGGCUUGGGGCGGCUCCGGUCCUGUGGCCGUUCACUCGCGUCUUCGCUUCACAGAGCUAGCUGCGAGUAUCAUGGGCCUUCAGUGGUCAAAUUUUCAGUUGGAGUCAUUGGGGCUAACAAGUGAGAGGACUACUUCCACACAAGGAGAAAGCACACUGAGAAUGACUGUAUCGUGUCGAUCAUUUGGAACUGCCGAAUUCGACGCACGAGGUAAAGCCAAGCUGCAACCAGAGCUGUUUCAAUCAGAACCUAUCACUGUCUGUCUACCCCAUGUAAGGGCUGGAGUAGUGCCAAACUCGGUGAUCCUUGACGUCUUUGGCUUUCCUACCUCAAAUGUCAUCCUUGCUUGUCAGAAGACCAGAGAGCUAUCAUGGACAGUCGUCGCAAGGGUCUACUCAAGCGACCUGACAGAGGAACACGCCCAACGCUCUUGGCAUUACGGCGGUGUUGAGGUGAAGCCAAGUAUCUUUACGGGCUUGCGCAUACUUCGUGAACCUGGCCCUCGCUACUCUGUCCAGCUUGAGACCAGAGCACAGUUUAUGAACAUCCUUCUUGACAAGGUCCCUCCGGAUAAGAGACGCCCCGAGGGACCGGGACCUAGACGGACAAGUAGGAGAGGUGGCCUAGGCGGAGGCGGGACGUUGGUCAAGCUACAGACUGUUGACGAUCAUGGCUUGUCGGAGGCUCUGUCAGACAUGGAAAUAAGGGGAAGUCUUCAGCUGCCGAGAGCUGAGAGUGAAGAAGAGGAAGAAGAAGACCUAAAUGAUGAGGAUGAGAACCAAUAUACGGCUCACAAAGCUGACUUCGAGAGGCUUAAGCGCCCGUCAGACACGUUGGCGAGGGCCCGAAUUACGAAGCCGCCAAUUGACGAACCCGUAAAAAAUGGUCGAACAACCGAGCACAGGAAUUUUUCAGUGGGCCAGUUCUUGGAUCCUUUCUGCGAACGCUUAAUAGGCUCGAGCGAACCAAAAGCAAUGUUAAAAUCAGAUGGCUCUGAGAUUCCUGCGCUACCCGGAGCUCGUGGACCGUGGCUGAAAGAAGAACCGAGACUGUCUUUGAGUCUGCCGCCUCAUGAUUUCCCCGGAUCAGUCAGCUUUGGUUAG